UUUCGCCGUUGUGGGGCUCUUUUGGACAAACUAUGUGCAUGGAUUUCAGUUUCAGACAUAAUGGUUUCCAGAGAAGUACUUUGAAAAGGGUUUUUUUCUCCCCCCAAAAAGAAGCCCUCAGGCCCCUGAAAGAGUGCAUUCUGUGCCACAACAGCAAUAAUAAAUGGUAACACAACUACUGACAAUGUCCGCCGUUACAAACACACACAAAGUGAAUGGAAAUUUGAUUGUGAGUGCAAACGCUACUGCUCAUCUGGCAGGCAACACUGCAGCAGCAGGAACAACUGCAACAGCAUCAAGUAAAGCCUUCUCGCAUACUACUAACCCCCCUCCAAGUCAACAGCAUCAACAGCACCACCACCACCAUCAUCAACAUCAUCACCAGCAGCAGCAGCAACACCCUUCUCCCAACAGCCUACAGCAUCCGCAGCAACAGCAAAGCACAAAUUUGAAGUCAUCAUCAUCAUCAUCAUCGGCAAUCGGUUUAAGUAAAUUGCAGGCACCGCAACAACAUCAAAGGCGAUCGUUCAUACCCUCGGCAACGUUGCAGCAGCAACAUAGUAUAACGGUUGCCACAUCCUCAGCAUCGUCUGCCGCCACCAACGCCCAACCACCCCAAGCAAAUCAGCUGCAAACGGUAGCGACAGUACAUCAGCCAUCCGCCAUUCAGUCGUUGGCGAGUACCACCCAAACGCAAACAACGGCUGCCACAACAACUGGAACAGGUGGCGCCACCACCUCUGCCGCCGCCACCGAACCACUUACGAAUCCCCCCAACAACAGAAGAAGCUUUUAUCAUUUGCAAACCCUGAAAUCGUCCAGCAAUCUAAAGGCUCCUGCCCAUUCCAUACCGCCCCGCUAUCAGCCACCACCUCAACCCAACAACAGCAACAUACCACAGCAACAGCACACAGGUAUAUUGAAAAAUCAAAAUUCCCAGAGAUUGUCAAAGGCCAAUCCCAGCGCAUAUCCCACCUACUUUUCCGAAUCGUCUCAGGGUGGCAACCUGAAUCUGAAUAACCUCAAGUAUCCGCCCGACAUACCACAGCUAUCGAACGUUUACAUACCCGACUCGUUGAAAAAUCCCUCGAGUACAUCGCGUUAUUUGCAACAAAAACAACAACUGCAACAACAGCCGCAGUCCAAUCAAUCGCAAUUACAACAACGUUUAAGGAACUUGCAACAAACCGGCACAUCCAACGGCAUUGGCCAUAAUAGCAACAACAACAACCUCUUAAACGGCCAUACUUCAUCCGGGACAGAUUCACAACUGCAGCAUCAGCACCAGCACCAGCAACAGCAACAACAACAGCAGCAGGAUAUGUUAAAGUUUGUACGCAAAACAGAUCAGGAUCAUCCUUCACCAAAUGCCUCGGUCACAUCGAGUGGAACAGGUGGUGGAAUAUCUUCAACGCCGGGCCGUCUAACAGCCGAACAAAACCGCCAGCUUCAGUCCCUAAUCAAUGAGCUGCGAUCAUUGAAGGAACAAAAUCAGCGACUCAUGGAUGAUAAUCAAGAGCUUAGAGAUCUCUGUUGUUUCCUGGACGAUGAUAGACAGAAGGGACGUAAGUUGGCACGCGAAUGGCAGAGAUUCGGGCGAUAUACGGCAAGUGUUAUGCGUCAAGAGGUGGCCGCUUAUCAGAAUAAACUGCGACAGUUGGAUGAUAAACAACAAGAACUCAUAACAGAUAAUUUAGAACUCAAAGAGCUUUGCCUUUAUCUGGACGAGGAGAGAGCCCAUAUUGCUGCCAAUUCUCUGUGUGUGAAUUGUGGAGCUUCGAAUCGAAAUACAAUGCGAGAUGAUGGUGACGGUUCAAGUUCAAGUACAAAUGCCGAUGAAAAUAUAACCGCCUUGAGAAACUAUGAAAGGCAGUUGCCGGAUCUGCAUCUACGCUCGACACUGCAAGAUCAAACAUUGCAAUAUGUGAGAUCGCUGGAGCGGCGCAUACAACAAUUGGAGGAGGAGCGUCUGACCAACAAUACAAAUACAGCCUCCAGUGCAACAACUGGCAACUUGGUGAGCCAACAGCAACAGCAUCGACCGCCGCCGCCACUGCAGCAGCAGCAACAAAAACAGGCACAGGCACAGCCACAGCAUCAGCCAGCAAAUGUCACAAACACAGCAACAACAACAGCAACAACAAUAACAAAUCACCACCAAAACCAAAAAAUAACACAAACAUCGACAUCGUCAUCGUCGUCGCCAUCUGCAUUAAAUGAUGGCUUAGUCGAUCCCAUAUCUGGUCGGCCAGAAGCUGUUGUACGAGCUCUGCAAGUUUUAGAAGUCAGAGAACAACUAGAACGCGAUAGAUUGGGCCAUCUAACCGGCAAUGCCAUCGAUCAAAUGGACGAUGGUGAAAAGGCAUUGGUACGCGAGAUGUGUAACGUUGUUUGGCGCAAACUGGAAGCCAGUCCGAAUGGUCCAACGGCACUUGAGCCACUAUAGAAGCUUGUAAAACCAAUCGCACACAAACACACACAACACACAAACUAACAACUAACGCAUACCCACACAUACGCACCUUCUCGAUGCUUUUGUUUCUUUUUUUUUCUAAUUUUAGGAAAUUUUAAGUUUCUUUAAAAUCUACAAAGAAAAAAAAGAAAAGCAAACUUGCCAACAAACCAACUUUCCCAACAGCAUGCAAAAAAAAAACUCCUAAGUUUUAGUUGGGUUUUUGUACAAAAUAAUUGAAGUUAUUUCCAAGCUACUCUAAGUACUCCACCUGCCCAAAGGGAUGUCAGCUAUGAUGCACACCCGUUUGGGUUUUUAUUUAAGCUUUAAUGUUUUAUUGUUUUCCUAACCCUCCCCCCCCCACCCCUACAUAUAAGUCUUCUUUAAUAAUACAACUAGCUAUAGUAGUAGUAACU